AUGAGAAGUAGAAGGGGCAACAAAGUUCCAAGAUUUGCUUUGAAGUUGGACAUGGCAAAUGCGUUUGACAGGGUUGAAUGGAAUUUUCUUUGUAAAAUGAUGGAGAAACUAGGCAAGGGGCUGUUGAAGCUAAUAUCAUCCCACAAAGGGGGAUUAGACAAGGAGAUCCCCUUCUCCCUAUCUUUUCCUCAUUUGUGUAGAGGGAUUUUCUUCACUUCUCAAACAGGCAGAGAUUUCUGGGCUCUUAAGAAAGUGUUUCAGAUCUAUGGGUCAGCGGUGGACCAAAAAAUAAAUUUUGAUAAAUCAGCAAUUGCUUUCAGCCCUAAUGCUCCGAUGCAAUUAAGGAAUGAGUUAAGAAAGAAGCUCAAUGGUUGGAAAGAGUUAUUGCUUUCAAAAGCAGAAAAGUCUAUUCUUAUUAAUGCUGUGGCUCAACGCAUCUCAAACUAUGCUAUGUUCAGCGAAUUACCAAAAGAUGAAGGAGGCCUUGGUUUUAGAGACCUAGAGAUUUUUAAUAAAGCUCUAGUGGCUAAGCAAUGCUGGAGACUUCUCACCAAUGAACUAUCUAUGAUUCAUAAGGCUGAUAAGGGAAGAGCAUCAUCUUAUGUAUAG